UUUAUAAGGGCUAAAUUGUGGGACGUCAACAACAACAAUUCGUUAAAAACGUAAUCUGAGACACAGCUAAUUGUAGAAUGAAGACAACACACCAAUAAAAAAGUGAUAUUAUCAACAAUUAUUUUAUCAGUUAUCUGUUAUUAAAAUUAAUAAAAAUGUAAAUACUUUAUCGAUAACCACACACUACUGACUCAUUACGAACUAUGUAAUUUUGCUGAAAUAAGGCGAGUCCAAUAAUAAUGGAAGAUGGUGUGGGUGUAGACAAAGAGGAUAAAGUACAAAAAAUGGGGGCCACAAGCAACCCAAACAGUGAAAGAUUGGCGGCUCUCCAGGAGAAAAAGAAAAGUUUGGAGGAAGCAUUGGACAAAAAAAUUAAGGAACUCCGAGAACUAUGUACUCAAGAGGCGGAUUUAACGGGAAUAAUGCCCCCAGAAAUGCCCUUAGAGCCUGGGGAGUCAUUGCCUAUGAUUCGAAGGAGAGUUGGAACUGCAUACCAGUUACCUGACAACUUUGUUAAAAUAGCUGACCAAGAUGACUCAACAAUACCUGGACUGGAGCUUCAAAUACAAAUUCACAUGCAGCUGGCCGAUGCUGCGAGAGAUUUGGCAUUUAAGUCUAAGACACUCAAGAAGCAACACAUUAGUGAAUAUCAAAAUUAUACUCAGAUUCUGAAGCAAUUGAGAGAGAAGUUGGCUACUUUAAAGGAACGUGAACAACAAAUGAAACAGAAAAAGAAAUCUAGGGUAUCAGAGCAAGAUGACAACAUAUCAGUAAACACCAUGGCAACAAGUGAGCCAUUUGUGAAGUCUGAUUUAAGGCAAAGCUUAAGGUCGUUAAAGCCUUUACCUUCGGAAAGCUCACCUGAGACUCGUUACUCCUCUUCUAUUCCCCGCCACUCGUACAGAAAUUCGGAUACCUCGUAUUUAGACAAUAAAAUCUAUCGACAAGACGACGCCAUAACCACCGGUUUGUACGGACUAAGUCUGAAUGGCUACCAGAAUUAUAUAGAACGAAGAGAGGGUUUGAACGUCUAUUACAGUCCACAAAGUAUGUCCACCCUGCCAACGCAAUACAGCCCACACUAUCAGCAACACAGCCCACAAUUACAACACAAUCCUCAUUUUCAAUCCUCUCACAGUUUCCAUCAACGAUCUCCACAACAAUCCAAUUAUCCCUCUCAUUACCAGCAAGACUUUGUUAGAUAUAGUUUAAACAUGAACCAAACCAUGUCCAAUCCACAUAUGUACAGACAAUCUAGUCCGAAUUCAAGUAACUACAAAGGUUUCGCAAGUGAGUCAUACAAUCAACCAAAUGUGAGGCAGUACCAGACAUUAGAUCAACCCUAUCGAAACCCCCAUCAAAUCCAGCCGCAUCAGCAGUACGAACAGACUAUAGGUCUGGGCGGCUGUUGGCGGAGCAUGGAGAACGGUGAGAUGAUUUGGUGCUCCACCAUGGACAACACAAACUGGGAGAAGGAUAAGCGCUUUGGCAGUUUGGACAGGAGAAAAAAUAGGAGGAUAUACAAGAGGAUCUCGCCUGUCGACAAUAAGUCGGUGACCAACGUGCCUUCGUAUACGGACCAUGUUAGGGCGGCGUCGGUCAAAUCUUCUCAGAUGGUGAAUAGAAGGCAGGACAACAGGCUGUUAAUCAGGACCCAAUCUUUGGGAAGUGUAGGGGCUCAGACAAUUGUUGACAGUGUUUGUCCCAGCGAUGACAAUUCCUCGUGCAACAGUGACAAUCACAGUAUCAGCGAAAUCAAUCACAACUCUAGGAAACCCAAAGAAAAAGAGUGGGUGGAAACAUCACUGGACGGGCCGAUAUCCCCAACGCAUUCGGUGCUGUCCCACUCACAGUCCACCCUCUCCGCCCACUCGGCGAUGGCCUCACCGCACUCGGCGCUGCCGUCGCCGCACUCGUCGAUGCCCUCGCCGCACAGCAUGCUCCCCCAGAUCCCGCCCCACGCCCACCAGCCGCCAGUGCCGCCGCCGCCCACGCCGCCCUACCCCAUGCCGCCCAGUCUGCCGAACGCCAUCCCGCACCCACCGCUGCAAACGAUACUGUCGCCGGAUGAGAAGUACAUGCAGCCCCACGUGCCGCCGCCACUAAACCCGAAACCGCCCCUCGAAAUACCCGCGGAGUCGAACAAAUCGCCCAGGAUACUCGAGAACAACAUCGAGAUGUUCAAUAAUAACGUGCCGGAGAACUGUACGGUCGUGCAGCAGGGUUACGAGGAGACCAAGCCCUUCGAAAUGUCGGACUUUUAUAAAUACUCGACGAAAUAUAAAAAGUCGCCGGUUAAAGCUGAAAGUGACGGUUCUAAAGUUAGAGACCACCAGGACAGCACGGCGCAGAAGAAUCUGAGUCACCAGUUUGAAGAGCACAAGACUAUUUACCAACCUGACUUGCCAGCCAAACCCUCGCAUUACAGAAACAGUACAAACAACAUGAGUAUCGGAAGCCCGGACAACUCAAGCGGCAACAUCAACAACAGUUUGAACUUAAGCCAAAUAACAGUAUCGGAUAAUUUUUCGGCCGAGAUGAACGCCUGGUACAAGGAACAGAAUCAAAUAGAAAAUAACAAUUCGAGCGGAUCAGGUUCGAAAAGUAGGUCGACGGCGACUUUGGUCUGACGUCUAUAAUACACGAGUAUUCGUUAUUAAUUAAGAGUACAAUGCAAUAAAAAAGAUGAGUUUUUAUAUAUUUGUAAAUAGUUUAUAUUUAAAUUAAUGGAAGCUGUUAAAUAUUUAUAGUAUAAUAGUUUUAAAAAACCAUUAUUAAUUAACUGAAGUUUUCGAGACGGUUUUAUUACUUGAUCAAUCGGUUCUCAUCAGGCAAAAGUAACUGUACUGAAUUUUAUUUAUACAAAUUUGUAUUGUUGUUAAACUUUUUGAUGCUCAAAACGAUGAAUGAAUGAAUGAAGUUUUAUAUGUACUAUUUUAUUAUUCACUGUUAUUAAAUUUGUCUGUGACUAUCAUGUGUUAUAAAAUAGGACUAGGCUUUUUUUAAAAUCCGUUAUCAUUACUAUUGUUAUAAAUUAUUAUAGCAAAAAAUAUCCGUAAAUUAUUUUUAGUUAGGUUCGAUAAUUAUGAUUUUUGUUUGGUGUGAAUGUAUUUUGCCUAUUUGUUUGGCGUAUAUGAAAUUUGCAAUUUUUUUAUAUUUAUUACUCUUUUUUACCUACUUAAGUUGUAAUUAUAAUGUUUUUUUACCUACAUACUAAAUAAUUCCCUUGAUAAAAUCGACGAUCUUGAUCUCAAAUCUAUUAACAGAAAUUAAGGAUAUUCCGACAUAUUUUUUAUAACUGCACCAAGUGCCUAAAUUGAUUGCAUACAUUGGUUGUGAUUUAUACUAUUGGGUUUCAUAGAGUAAACCAAAGGAAUGUGCCUUCUGCAGGUUUUUGUACACUUAUUUUUAUUGGAAACAAUAAAGUUUUUAAAA